GGCAGAAUGACGGAAGAGACACAGGCGCGGAUCCGUGACCUUCUUGAUGGCGAGAGCCUCCGCGCCCUGCACGACCGCUUCGACGCGCUCAGCAUCGAGGACGUGGACGCUCUCCGCAGCUUCCCGUCGCACCCGCACCGGUGCGUCCACAUCUUGCUCGGCGCCAUCUACCUCGUCCUCUUCGAGGUCGAGCACCCGUCGUUCUACAAGCUCACAUGGUCGUUCUUGCGCGAGACGCUCUUGCGCAACCCAAGCGCCUUUGUCCACCGGCUCCAUGGCCACCUACGGACGCUCACGCACGGCGAGGCCGCGCCCUUGUCGACGGCGACGAUCGACGUCUGUCUCGUAUACCUCGAAGAGCCUUCGUUUCGCCUCGCUGCUGUCGCCAAGAUCAGUGCCAUCGCCGCUGCAUUGGGUAGCUGGGUGUAUCUCUGCCUCGCGACGGUGAUCUCGCCCUAUACCUCGCAUUAUGACGCCCAAACGAACGAGCAAGAGAGCCCCGUACAGCAGGCCACGUACCGUCGCACCUUUCGACACGUCAUUCGCCGCCAUGACCGUCUUUUCUUGGCCCUUGUCCACGCCACCGAGAAGGGACUGCGGGUUGCCGUCGCCGAUGCAUCUGGGCAACGCUGCAUGGCGGCCAGCCUCCCGCGCGAUAACCAUCGCGUUCUGUCGCUUCUGCGCGGGGCGUCUUCGCACCCGCAUUUGGCCCUCCACGCGGCCAUUGCCCAAGCCAUGCACACGUACGAGUGGCCGUUCAACCCUCUAAGCGCCGGUAUCGGGCGGCCAUGCUUCCCCGUUCUCUGCUACGUCUUGGUGGUGGAUGCAGCCGAGAUGCGCAUGAUCUCGAUGAGCGCUGUCUUUGGGACGCUGACCAUGCCGCUGGCCAGACUCCGCGACGGUCUCCGCGCGUCCGACUCGAGUCAUUUCUACUACCGAGGCAGCCGCGUCGCGCACUCGACCGAAGCUCGCCUGCGCUUCGCGCACGUGCUGCCUUUGGUGGUGCUGGUGCAAAAGCCGGGGCCGCGGCGGCACGUGGCUGAUUGCAUCGCCUUUGCCGCGGACGUUCAAGUCCAUCUGCGUGUGGGAGCUCGCGUGGACCUGCCCGACGUCGCGGCACUGCCGCAUGUCCGAAGUGUUGGCGUGCAGCUACCGAUUUCGGACGAGACGCGCGAGACGUUGAUUGCAACGCUCAACCAAUGGAGCCAGCGCGGGUAUGACGCGAUGGCGGUCGCUCGCGAGAGAGACAGAGCGCUUUGUCUUCGACUGCCACCGAGGCCGACCGAGCUCGACCGGUUCAAGGACGCGCGCAAGUACCACGACAUGUCGCUGCCAACGCUGGUCGCGAUGCACGGACAAGAAGGCUCACGAACUGAGGACGACGCAGAGCUUUCGAGUGCCAUCCCAAUGUACCUUCUUGCCUCGUUGCAAGCAACGCGGGUGCACGAAUGGCUGUGCUCUAUCGACGCGCCGUGCCCGGUGCCCGAGUCGGUGAUGCCGCACUUGGCGCCAGGCAGUCGCCUUCGGCUCGUCAACGGCUUGGACGUUGUUGUGGCGCCAGCGACGACCGCGCCAUUGGAUCCUUUGGACGUCCGCUACCAAUGUCUUUUGCGCCGACCGGUGCGCGGUCAUACCGUGAGCUGCCCGUCGACCUCGAAUCUCUGGCGGCUCGUACCUCCCAGCCUCGACGCUCGGCCGCGCUGGCUUCAGCAACUGCAGUUUUAUGUCCGACACCCGACGAUCGAGUACGUGGCGUCCCCAUUGCACUUUGCAUUUUUCCGCGUCCGCAUCCCGUAUGCCGUGCCCGAAGACGCGCUGGAGAAUGCUUUCUGGAGCGCUCAUCUCGACUGGACGCCGUACGUUGCUGCGACGCCGACCUCCGACUUGCUUUGUACCAAGUUCAAGGAGCUCUGCGAGACGUACCCGUCCAACUACUUUGUCGACUCUGUGAAAUUUGCAAAGCUCAUUCGCGACUGCGGCGUGACGCCCGAGCUCCUCCCGCUCGGUCUCCUCGAUCGCAUUUUUUUCAAACAUGCCUGUCCCAUCUUCCAACAUCAAAUGGAGCGCGACGGCUUCUUGGCCGCACUAAACGCGGUCGUCGCCGAGGUCUACCGCAAAAGGAUCGAGCCGGAUCCGCUGCGCGCCUUUGUCUUGGAGCACCUAACGCGUGACCCGCACAGCAAGACGCUAUGGACCACGGCACUCGAGAGGUACCGAUCGCAGGCCAAGCUCGACCGAAUGGAGGCGCUUGCGCGACGCAUGUGUGCCGCGACGCGUCUGCAGGCUGCGUACCGGGGCCACGCCAUUUACGCCCAAUACCUGCACCACUUGGCACAGCUGCGACGUCGACGUCGGACGGUGCUCGUUCUGCAACGCUACGCGCGCAUGUGGAUUGCAAAGGGGAGGUACGUCGUUUUGGUCGCGGCUUUGCGCGAACGCCAGCGACUCGAAGCCGUGGAGGCCGAGCGUCGGCGCGUCGAGGAGCUGCAGCGUCAGUUUCUGCUCGGUCGACGCGUGCGGCUCCAGCGCUGGGCGCGGCAUCGGCUCGGUUGGCGCCGCUUCUUUCGCCGAAUGCACCCCGAGUGGGUCGGCCACCUCCAGCGUCUCAAGAGUCGCCGGCGACUCUUCCUCUACCGGUUUGGCGGCUACGUGGACGGUCGUCGCUUCGUCGUCUCGGUCUUUCGGUGUCACAUCGACUUGGCCAAGGACCGGCAGCUGCACCUCGAGCUAUUCGAUCCCAUCUGGGCCGACCUCGCACCGCCCGACAAGGUGCAACGAUCGACGCUGCACGAGCAGCUGCGCCUCGUGGUUCGGCGACUGUACAUCAACACAAAGACCCAGCGCGUCAUGCUGCACCAACAUGACGCGCAUGCCAGUCGUGGCCGGCGCCUUGCGCACCGUGUCGUGUGGGCGCCACCGACCGCGUACGUCGUCAGCGUCUCGGGUGUCCAUUACGACUAUGUCCUCCGCGUCUACGAGCCAAUCUCGAGCGCGCUUGCCACGUACACACUGCCCGCAUCGUUGGCACAUGCAAUGGUGUGCUUUAUGCAGCGCGCACGGCACGUGACGUGGCACUGCUGCGGCGUGCGCCUCGAUCGGCCGGCGUUGCCUCUCGGCCCGGCGCGGUAUCUCUUGACGUCGGCGCUCGACUGCCCGCUCCAGCACUGCGCCCACAAUGUUCUUAAGGCGCUCACGCUCUACGUGGCAACCUACGGUGUCGUUGCGCCGACAGCGUCCAUGUUGCCGGACGUUGUCUUGGCCGAGCAGCUGCAACAACAGCAUGCGUCGGAGGCCCGGCGCAACCUCAAAGCGGCCGCCGCGCGCACGCUCCAGGCGCGAUGCCGAGGGAUCCUCGCGCGCCAGCACUUUCGCCGCCGUCUCCCGUCGCUGUACGUCUACGGGAUCGAGCCAGCGACGGGCCGGCGCGUGUACACCAACCGGGUGCAGGGGACGAUCUGGUGCGCGCCGCCGUUUGCGCGGCUGUACCCGGGUGUGCGUUUUGAGGUGCCGACCGACGAGUGGCUGGCGCAGUACGACGCGGCGUCGGGUCGCGUCUACUACUACAACCCGGCGCGGGGGCGGUCGACGUGGUGGAGCCAAGAUCACGCGGCGCGGGCGUUGCAGCGACUGGUUCGCCGCCGCCGCUUCCACGACGCAGUGGGCUGCGUGACACUGCCGCUGCUCGUGCAGGCUCUCACGUUUCACACGAACGUCCCGCAAACCUUUUCGUUGACCUUGCCUCUCGACGAACAGAAGCGUUGUGCGCUGCAUGCCCUUGCGUACCACGAGCUGGACAAGGCGUAUCGGCUCCUCGAGGCCAUUCUCAGCGUCGCGCCUGGGGACGUGCUGGCGUCCGUGGCCCUCGCGCUGCUUCUGCUUGUAAGCGGGAAAAAACCGCAAAAUAAGAACCGGCAGCGCGCGACGCGCCUGCUGCAAAUGGCCAAGCAACGGGACUCGAGGCUGCGGGACGUCACGCCGCUCGAGGACGCUUGCUUCCGCUGGCGCGUCAUCGCUGACCCGACCAACGCACUUGCACUGGGGCUCUACGCCUUGUACCAGCAGCAUAUCGUCAAUGACAUCGAUCGGGCGGAAACACUGUACCGGCGCGCCCUCGUGGCCGACGCCCUAAACGAGCCACUUUUGUACGAAUACAAUGCGCUGCAGCACGAGCGAAGUCCGAUCGGAGCGUAUGCGUCCGCCGGCCCGAGCAAGCACCGGCUCCCGCGCUCCGUCGUCCUUGCACGCGACGGCGCAUGGGAGCAGCUGCGCGAUACGGAGCGCGGGCAUGUCUUUUGGCGCCAUGUCCGCACCAAGCAUCUGCAAUGGGGCCAGCCGGCCGAGACCACUGCCAGCGUUGCCGCGACAGAAGCGCACGAACGUUGAAUCGAAUUUGGAUUUACGCAC